AAUCGAGUCACUAAUAAAUAUGUUAUAUUGAAUGGCUACAUGUCAUGCUUUGCUGAAAAAUAAGACACUAUUAAUCCAAGAUUUAUAGUCUUAGCAUCAUAACCAUGACCGACAGUGAGGAUGACGAUCCAGUUGUUGAUGAGGUAAUAAAUAAAUCAAUUAAUACAUUUUCAAUGGUUUUACUAAACUGACAGAACUUAGAGAAGAUACUCGUGAGCAUGGCCAUGAUCCAUGAUUUUCAUUUUCAGACAGAAUUCAUGAUGAAAUCAAUAUUUGUCAAUAAUAUUCAUAUUGAUAUUCAGAAUAUGAAUUUUUCAUGAUUCAAAGCAACUUGAUUAACUCACUUAAAAAUUUUAGUUGUGUGAAGAAGCGACAUUCUAAACUGCCUGCCUAAAAUUAGUAGCAUAAUAAAAUGGUGGUAAAUUUACUCUACCGCCCGUACCACCCUACAAUCCUACCCUAUUAUCCUACCCUAUAUAAUUCCAUUCGGCUAAUUUGGAGAGAUAGCAACCUGACGUCAUUUGCAAGUUUGGUAGCAAGUUUUGUCCCUGUUUCCGAUAGGGUCACAACCCUUAUUCCGAUAGGGUCAAAACCCAGGUUAAGGAUAAGUUUAGUUUAGGGUUCAGGUUAGGUUUAGGGAUAGAUUUAGGAAAUAAAGUUCGUGGGUCGUGGCAACCAAGAUGGCGGCCACGGUGCUAUCUCUCCAAAUUUACCUUACAUUCAUAUUAAGAUAUUGGUUACCGUACUACUUUUUAUUUUUUUUUAACAUCUUGGCUACCAUGGCAGCAGUGGACUGUCAAAUGUGUGUUACCCAAAACUCUAUUAAAACACUGAGUAAAUGCAGGAGAAAAAAUAUGGGGAGAGAACAGGGAGACAGUUUGGUUUAAUUUGAAACAAAUAAAAAUAAGCGAUAAGCCUACAAUUCGUCAGUGGCGAACGUUGCAACUUAAUUUUACAGUACUACUGUAGGUAUAACCCUGUGUUUCUGUGUAUGAGUGAACACCCCUAUUUAGUCAUCAAUUGUUAAUAUUAACAGAGUUAUUUUUUCUUUCUAUUUUUAUAUCAAUGCUGAUAAAAUGUUUUGAUUGAUGACUUUUCAAAUCAAUAGUUCAAAGCAUUGUUAAUUGUAAUAUUUCAAUGAAAAAUGCCUGGCUAUUUUGCCGGUCAGAUCAUUUUUGAAAAAUGGAUUGUUACUUUCAUGAAAUCUUUUGGAUUUUAUUUUCGGUAGAAUCUGUAUUUAAGUGUUUAAAAGUGUAUUAAAUGAGCCUGUAAGUUGGGUUUUUAUUAUAUUGAAUUUUUAAAAAAUAUUCUUUUUCUUCAUUUUUACGAUUUUCUCAUCACAGUGUGUUUGUGUAGCACACAUUUUAGUGAUACUUAGGCAAGGGAGCGACCACAGGUGGUUGAGAGUCCUUUCCGCAUAUAGAGAUAGAUACAAUAAAGUUGCUACUUUUAAUGUAACAGCAGAAAUUAGUUCAGGAAAGGGUAGUAGCAGUAAAUACAUACAGUGAUACCUUGGAAUCCGAAUCCCCUAGAACUAAAACAACUUAGAAUCGGAAUGAGAAAUACCCCAGAAAUUUUUUUUUACUAAAUCCGAACGAUUUGGAAUCCAAAUGCCCAGCACAUUGUUUGUGAGGUUUUGUGGAUACAUUUUACCAUCGCUUGGGCCACCCAUAUAAUUUGUCAUUUAGUUUGUUGUCAGAAGAUGUAACCUACCUGCAGAGGAAUCAUCUUGUGUGAUUUUUGCUGCUAAUUUUAUGCUUUUGAUUUUGAGCCUGUUUUGUGUUAUUUUUUAUAUAAUAACAACUUUACAAAGGGUAUUCAACAUGGGUCCUAAAAGGUGUAGGGAGAAAAAAAUAAGAGUAAGAGGAAAGCUGUUAUAGCUAUAUUUAAGUUAAGAAAGAUAUUAUCGCUAAGCAUGGAAAUGUUGCACAUGUGAGUUAUCUCACAAUUAUGUUUGAAGUUUGGAAUGCAGACUUUGUCUGUUGGUAUGAUUAGUUUGGAUUAAGGAAAAGUGGCUGUCUGGUGAUUUGAUUUCUGAGACAUUUAUAAUUAGUUGGGAACCAAAAGUCCUUCAUGAUAAUAUAGUGAAAGUCAUCCCUGAUACUAGUGCUAAAAAGUAGUAGUCUUAAAGCCAGUUGGGGAACUUUAAGAACUUUAAUUUUGAAAAUUCAAGUUUAAGGGACACAAGGCAAGAAAGGAUUAAUCCAGUUUCUAUUAUUUUAAAGGGGAAAAAAUUGUCUUGGAACUCAAACGAUUUGGAAUUUGAACUGGUUUCUGGAGCAGAUUACGUUUGGAUUCCAAGGUAUCACUGUACUGGUAAACUGUUGCAACUUAGACUUUUACUUUUAAACUAUAAAAAUGGAAAGUUUACUUUUACUUGUUUAACUUUCACUUGACUUGAACUUUUGAAGAAUGAAGUGAGUUAUGUGCAGCCUGGGUUAAAAACUAACCAAGAGAAAGAACCAAGACAUCUUUAAUUCAUUACUCCUUAUCGUUCAGCAUGGUUGUGCUUUCAACUUUAAUAUGAUGAAUCAGGACAUAAAAGUAAUUUUGAGUUAUAUGGGUCUAGCGCUAAUUUUUAACAUAUUUUCUUGUUAGCCCUACGCAAAAUGGGCCUAACUUAAUUCGAAUGACUGAUACUCAUGUUGUAAAACUUAAAAACUUAGCAUGUGUAGGGUAAGUUAUAGUCAUAUUUAUUUAAAAUCUUCCCUUUUUAAAAAGUCUUUUUCAAGAUUAAUUUAUGUUAUACAUUUGUAUAGCCCUAGCGUGAAACAUUUAUCUAGAUUUUUAUUCUUCUUCUUAGCCUUUCUCACUCCCAAUGGAGCGAAGGCUAUCCACAAUAGUUUUCCAUCUGUCUCUGUCCUAGGCUAUCUUUGCUAGCUCAGCCCAACUAUUCUUUAUUUUCUUCACCUCUGCCUAUAAUCCCCUCUUCCAUGUGCCUCUUGGUCUUCCUCUUUGCUGGUACCUUGAGGAUUCCAAUUCAGGGCCUCUCUUGUGAUGUUAGUGUUUGGUUUCCUUAUUGUAUGCCCUAUCUAUCUCCAUUUUCUAUUUUGUAUCUCUAUUUCCACUGGAACACUUGAUGUUCUUUCAUGCGGGGAAAUCUAGAUUUUUAGCACCUUAAAUUGUUACAAUGCAGCUACUUAUAAUGGAGUGACCUUACUUGGGGUAUUUCAGCCUUUCAGAUUUUUUGAAUGUAUUUUAUAAUGUUUUUUUUUGUUGUUUUUUUAGAUUGAUGUGUUCUUAUCCAAAAGUCUGUCUGAUAAUCUUUAUCUUAUGCAGGUAAUUAGUAUUUUAAAAUUAUAAAAUAUGAAUGAAGAGGUAUUUAACUUAAGAUUACUGGUGCCUGUUUUCACCACACUUUAAAAAAAUGUUAUUGGCUCAUUGCUUAAAAUAUUUAUUAAAUAUUUAUUAUUAUAAAAACUCAUGUAAAUGAUGAAAUUUUGAAGAUUUUAAGUUAUUUGACAAUGUAAAUGAUUUGCUUGUUCAUGAAUGGUGUUUUUUUUUUUUUAAUGAAUAACUAUUAACUGUUUAUCAGCCAAAUGUAUGGGGAAAAAUGUAAUUAAAAUGUUAAAUAUUUUUCCUUUUGCUUUGACCCUAACAAGACAAAGAAAUUAAAAGGAUAAAAUUAAUUAAGUAUUGUUUACAAAAAAUUGAAGACAUAUAAAUUGUAUUUUCUGUAAUGAUUUGUUUUUGCAGUAUCCCUUGCGUCCAGUUAAUAUGGGAUAUAGUAAUUUUGAUCACUUGUCAGCUAGAAUCAAACCUCUUCAAAAAAAGGUGACAUUUUUAUGUUAGUCAUGUUGAUAAAAGCUAAUUAAUUAAUUUUAUAUAUUAAAUUUUUUUUUUUCCAUGCAUUCAUUUUCUGUCCUUUCUAAAAUAUCAUUACCUGCAUCCAAUCUCAUCUUCAUUAUAGUUCACUGCACACCUUUUAGUUUUUUCUGUUUAAAAAGUUAGACAUACCUACCUGACCCUGAAUUUCAAUGAAAUUAAACUUUUACUUCUUAAAAGGCUUAUGCUAAAUUGAUGACCUAUAAUUGCCCGUUAUGCCUAAAGGCAUUAUGUUUUCUGCAGAAGUAAAACUUCAUUUGAUUUUUGUGAAGCAUAAUUUUUUUUAAUGGUUUUAUAUUAGUUUAUUGUAUAUAUCCUUUCUCCAUUAUGAUUGUUUCAAAAUUUCAAGAGUAUUUGAAUUACUUUUUAUAAAAUAUUUAUUAUUUAGAUAAAUGUUUCCAGUUUUGAAGUUAAAUGGAAUUUAUUUCUUUACUCUACCAUUAAAACUUAAGAUUGAAAUGGAAUUGGCACUAGAUACAUUUAGCAAGAAUUAUUCUAGAAGCAAAGGAGAGCAAAUAUCUGUCAACGUGGAUGGAAAUCUUCCCCCAAACUCGACCGAUCGUUUCUUUGCUGGGUAUGUUGCAGGCAUAAAUACAUUUCUGUUCAGUAUCAAUAUUUUCAAAGCAAAUUGAUGAUUAAUAUUGCAUUGGUCCAACUUUGCCUUGUUAAGAUUAAUUUAAAUAUGCUUUAAUAUUCAUUUUUGUAAUGACAGUGGUACCUCGGGUUACGAACUUAAUUCGUUCCAGAACUCGGUUCGUAACCCGAAGCGUUCAUUACUCGAAACAUAGAAAUCAAAGAAAUAGAGACAAUCCAUUUCAAGAUGAAAGUAACUCUUUGUUCUUUAUGAUGGUGGAGAUAGUUGAUUUUGCCAUGCUGUACUCAUUAGCGAUGUCACACACAUGAAUGCCAUUUUCAUGUUUCAUAAUUAUGUUUUUCUUUACCUCCACUGUUAUACCUUUCUGCUUUCUAGCAGCACCACUUCCGUUCUUCUCACUCAUAAUUGAUGGGAUUAACAAGGGAAAUAAUGAAAGAGAUAAAUUGAACACAUUGGCACUGCUAAGAAAUCUUUUACUGCUGUGCAGUAAGGUCAAUGUAAGCGAGGCAAUGCACACAUACAAAACUAGGCUCUUAGGCUAGCACUAAGCGAUGUUAGCACAACAUUGCCUUGGUUUGUAAGGUACAUGAUUGUUUUUCUCCAAUGUUAAACCUUUCUUUCUAAAUAUAUCUCUCUCUCGACUUUGUUUGUAACCCGAGGCACUGUUUGUUACCCGAGACCAAAAUAUUCGUAACCCGAAUUUUUGUGUGAUCCAAGGCGUUCAUAACCCGAGGUACCACUGUAUAUACUAUUUAAUGAUUUUGUCCGAAUAAUGAUUAUCUUAUUUUCUAGCUCAAGAAUGGACAAAAUUGUUCUAUCAUGCCCUCCACAUGUGAAGUCAUUUUCUAACUGCCAGUAUGCUAUUGGUCUUUUUAAAGAGGGUUAGUUGUCUAUAAAUGAAUUUUUGUUUACUUUAAAAAAAUUUUUUAAAAAAUUCAAGCAACUUUUAAAGGCAUGAGAAAAAUCAUUUUAAGACAACUGAUGGUUUCAAUACCUUCAAUAAGAUUGUGGUAGAAAGUGUAUGGUAUUUACAAAUUCAAAUCUUCCUGUUUAGAUGUAUAAUAUACAUCAGGUCAUAACAAAAUAUGGUUAUUCCUGAUAAAGAGUUUAAAAUUUUACAGGCAGAAUUUUUUUUUUUUAAAUAGUGUUUUGAAAUAACAACUUCAAAAUCCACUAAUUAUGAUAGUUCAAUAUAUUUUCUUUUUAAAACCUGAUUAGAAAAUGUAUGCAUCUUAUUUGAAAGCUUUAUAUAUAUAUACUUACAUUAAAAAGUUCUUGUAACUUUCGCUUAAAAUAGGUGAGCUUCAUCUAACACCUAUGAGUGGCGUGGUUCAGAUGCGACCAAGCUUUGAAUAUUUGGACAAAGCAGAUACUAGACACCGCACAGAGGCAGCAAACUCAAGUUUAGCAGAUGGAGGUAAUGAUAAUAUUCAAAAUCAUGGGUGUAACACAUGCUUCUGACAUGCUAUUUAUUAGGGUGUUGUGUCAGUAGCAUGGUUAACUGCUUCUAUAUUGAUGAUUCAGGAUGCCGGCUUGUGUAGAGUAAUACUUCUUCCAUUCCUUCACUCACUUAGCCAGUCACACAAAGAAGUAUAUUAAUUUCCAAUUAAACUCACAGUACUUUAUUACGUCAUCUUUUACAAUAAUAAUAUUAAGAAGACUCCUUGCAUAAAUAUCCAGUCAAUAACAUCCACAAUACAAUUAUUUCACAUAUGUAUAUAUAUAUAAUAUUCCAUGGUAUAGAAAAUUCACCUUCUAGAAAAUCAACCACGUCCUCUAUAACUACAACAUCCGAUGUACUGCCCCUUGAUCACUCAACAAAAACGUGCGGCUCACUUCCGCUUUUCAAAAACAUAAUUUACUCUCUUUCCCCGUGAAAAAUACACGUUAACAUAGUUCAAUAUUCAAAUUAUGCCACCUCUCUGACUCAAUGGUUUCGUGUGCAAACAUGGUCUGUUACAAUGGGUCAUAUUAAAAAACUCGAUGAAGUCAAUGUGAAUAACACGUUUGUGUCUGUAAAUUGUUUUUAUUUGCAUGACAAAAGGUAGUAUUGUCAUUAACUUGUUAAGAAAAAAAACUUGUAUGCUUUUAAAUGAAAAAGUUAGAGUAGCCUUUACUUUAUUUAAGGUGAAUCAUCUCAAGAUGAGGGGGAGGAGGAGGCCACUCCUGUCCACAUGAAGGUAUCUAGAGGAGAGAGUGUGGAGUUCAAAGCUCGGAGGAUGGCAAGUUAUGAAUAUGUCAAUCAAAAACGUGAAGAGGAGCGCUGGGUGCCUGUAAUUUAUCACACAUCUGAGGUGAGGACUAAAUUGGAUUCUCUGGUACUAUUAAAUAAUGCCUUAUCUAUUAACUACAGAGAGUCACAUUUAAAGAAUCCCUGUGGCUGGACACAGGAAGCAAAAGGCCAUCCUGCUAAAACAUGUUUGUUAAAAUUCAACACGGUAGCUUUGUUAACAAAUAUAUUCAGAUAUUAUUACUGUUCUAGAAUUGAAAAAGUAACAUCGUUAUUUAUGUAAUCAUUUAAUUUCAAAUGCAGUCCAGUUUGGGUGAGACAGAACGACAACAGUUACAGGCAUCUGAAGGACCCAGGGUGUCCCAAUUUAAAAUAUCUCCCCAAGAAUACUUGCAGUCCCUCAUACCACCUUCAAGUGAAGACAAGAGGUAAGAUUUGAAUCUCUGGAUAAUAUUGAUAGUACACAGAUGACAUCUGAAGUAACAUUGAUAAAAAUUGGUCAGAUUUGCCAAGUUAUUUUUUGUGAAUUCUUUUGUUGUUUAAAUGAAUAAGUGUUGCAUUUGAAUUUGAAUGUUUAAGAUUGUUAAUUCAGGAGAGAAAAAAUAUCAGUCUUUAAAAAUGUAUGUUAUUAACUCGUUUUUUUUCAAAUAGUGAGAAACCAGCUAUGCCUGAUAAUGUCCUUUCAUUAAAUGAGCUUAGAAAGCUAGAGCUUAAUGAUCAAAUUCGAGCUCUUCUAAUCAAUGGUAAGUAUCAGCAUUAUAUGUGCUUAAUUAUAAUGGUGUUAUUGUUCAAUGAAAAUUUGACAUACAUAAUAUUCCAGUAGAAGCAAUAUGUGCUAUAGAAAAGAAUUAAUUUUUUAACACUCAAACUUUUAAAAAUAGUUAUUGUGCAAGUAAAAAGACUUUUAAAAAAACAUACAAUAAUAUGUAUAACACAGAUACUCGCUUUGGGUGUUAACUGGUAUAUACGUAAAUCAUGUAUGGAAAUUCAAUGUUACAUUGGUCAUCUUCGCAUGAAAGGGAUUACCUUUGUAAACCAUACUGAACAUUUUCAAAAUUGGACCUUCAAUAACAAAUUCAUUAUUUAAUACUUUGAUACACUCUAGCAGAGCCCAUCACGACAGUUACAAAAUGAGGACAUAACUGUGUGAACCCAUUUAGCCAUAAGGCCUUAUGUUGAUUUCGUUAAUUACUUUUCAUCUUUGUUUUCAAAUAAUAGUAUCAAUGUAGCUGGAGAAAAUUAUAAAAAUCUCCUAUGACCCGCUGAUAGGCUGACCACCUUUCUUAUUCCAAUGAAAUAUUCCCAGAAAAGUCGGCUUAUGAAUAAGUUGUAAUGGUUUUUGUCGAAAUCAGAUCAUGGUCUGGCCAUAGACUGCAUUUUUAUUAAUUUUAUUUAGCUACUAAAACAUUCCAUUUUUUUAGAGUUUAAAAUUGUAUCAUUCCCAAAUUUAUACUUAAAAAGCUGUUUGCAACCUGUAUUUACUAUACAGUAAAUUGAAUUCCACAGUAAAAGUGAUUCGGUUCAGUCAGUUAAUAAGCUUUCUUGCCCCCGGAACGGACCACCAAGCUGUACUUAGAUCAUUGCAAAGCAUGGCUGUUUUAGUUCAGGGUUGCUGGGUUGUGAAAAGGUCAGUAUUAGAGACUUUUUAUCUAGUGUUUUUUUUUCAAAUAUUAACCUUUGGUUUCAGUAUUUUUUCAUUCAUUGAUGUAAUUUAAUCAAACAUAAUACAUUUAAGAAGUGAUUAAAUAAACAUCAUUUUGAAAAGAGAAAUUGAACCUCUAUGAUAACUAUGUAUGUAUGUAACCAAUGUAUGUAACCAAGCAAACCAAGCCUUGGGGUUCUUAAGGCGAAAUCUAAAGAUUGGCAACUCCUGUGUGAAAGAAAGAGCAUAUAAAGCCUUUAUCCGUCCGAUUUUAGAUUAUGCAUCUUCAGUCUGGGACCCAUUUACCCAGAAGAGCAUUGACAGGUUGGAGGCGGUCCAGCGACGAGCAGCACGCUUUGUCCUAAACCGCUACAGGAAUACCUCUAGUGUUGGCAGCAUGCUAGAAACACUAGGCUGGUCACCAUUGGAGAAACGACGACGACAAUCCAGGCUCUCCAUGAUGUACAAGAUAAAUAAUGGGCUGGUCCACUGUUCCAGUAUUAAACAGAAACUCGUCCCUCUCCCCCAUAGACAGCGACGAGGCCAUGACAGGCAAUUCAGGCUCAUACCAGCAAGAAGCCAGUAUAGGAGCUGCUCAUUCCUGCCCAAGACAAUCAGGGACUGGAACCAUCUUUCAAAAGGAACAGUUGAGGCGACAACACUAGACACAUUUGUGUCUAUUGCCUCAAGCCUUCAAACCCCUAGUGCAUAAUUUCCUCAUCACCACCAGUAACAGAAACAUUGCAAAUCCCAUCUACAUGCAUAGGAGCCAAAAUGAUCAAUAAAUUGAUCGUGGGCCCUUAAGAUAUAGAAGAAGAAGAAGACUAACCAUAAAACAUUAUUUUCUCUAGUGUUGUAUUUGGUUUUUGGUAAAAAUGUGACUUAUUCUCAUACUCGUACAGUGAGCUUGUUUACCCCGAUGAAGAAAGGGAAGAAAUAUCCAGGAAGCGGAGGCCACAUAGUGCUGUGUCUCCAGAGCUGUUGAGGAGGGUUAGAGAUUAUGCAGUAAGUUGAAUAAUUCGUUAAAAGCGUAGGGGCCACAUUGUCAGAUUUAUAUCAACAGUAUAAGCAAAUGAUGAAAGAAGGGAUGCCUUUUUGUAAGGUUUUGCUCGUUCUAAUUUAAAUGAUUACAAAAGGUAAUUUCCCUUUUGACCCAAACGAUUGCAAUCAAACUUAUCAUACUAUAGUAAAAGAAAAUUAAUGUUAAAUGAGUCUGUCACUAAGAGCUUAAAGAGUUCAUACAAAAGUAUGGCCAUUAAAAACUGCUUGUUUUUCUUGUCUUAUCAGAUGUGGAAAUUUACACAUAACAAGUAUGUUCUUAGGAAAGACAUAUCUUCAAUUGUUCAGGUAUUUAAAAAAAUUAUUUUAGGUUAAACGGAAAAUAUUUCUCUCUCGUUUUUGAUGAGAAAAUGUAAUCAGUAUAAACUUGUUAAAAACACUUAAAAUUCAAACUUUUUCCUGUAAAGUUUCAUAAAGGUGUUUCAACAGAAACAUAGAUUACACUAACUUUGAUAAUUUACCAUUGUGCUGAACAGGGAUUUUAUGAACACUUGAUUCUUUUAUAUCAGCUACGUUCAGAUGAAGUGAAAGAAAUAUUAGAAAAGAUGUCUCGGCUUAAAGCAAGGAGUGGCUGGGAGUUCCUCUAUGACUAUGACAGAGAUUUCUGUGAGAGGUAGAGUUGACCAAAAAGUUUAUCACAAAUAAAUGGCUUAAAGAUUACACAUUGACUAUUUUUAUCUUACUGCCUUAAUUUGUGUCUAUCCACUUUUUUUUGUAUUUGGCAGCAAGAGAAACAGUCCAAUUUUUUUUUAAAUUAGGCAGCAUGAGAAAUUAUCCAAUUUUGUUUAUUAGGCAGCUGGAGAAAUGAUCCAAUUUUGUUUAUUAGGCAGCUGGAGAAAUGAUCCAAUUUUCUUUAUUAGGCAGCAGGAGAAAUGAUCCAAUUUUGUUUAUUAGGCAGCUGGAGAAAUGAUCCAAUUUUGUUUAUUAGGCAGCAGGAGAAAUGAUCCAAUUUUCUUUAUUAGGCAGCAGGAGAAAUGAUCCAAUUUUCUUUAUUAGGCAGCAGGAGAAAUGAUCCAAUUUUGUUUAUUAGGCAGCAGGAGAAAUGAUCCAAUUUUGUUUAUUAGGCAGCAGGAGAAAUGAUCCAAUUUUCUUUAUGAGGCAGCAGGAGAAAUGAUCCAAUUUUGUUUAUUAGGCAGCAGGAGAAAUGAUCCAAUUUUGUUUAUUAGGCAGCAGGAGAAAUGAUCCAAUUUUGUUUAUUAGGCAGCAGGAGAAAUGAUCCAAUUUUCUUUAUUAGGCAGCAGGAGAAAUGAUCCAAUUUUCUUUAUUAGGCAGCAGGAGAAAUUAUCCAAUUUUCUUUAUUAGGCAGCAGGAGAAAUUAUCCAAUUUUCUUUAUUAGGCAGCAGGAGAAAUGUAUACAUUUUUUGUUUGAUUGGCCUACUAGUUUGCCUGUUAUAUUUACUUGAAUUGAUGUUAUUGAAAGGUCUUGUCAAAACAUCAUAGAUAAUUAUAACAUCUAUUUGAGGUUAAAGAAUGCUUUUCAAAUAAAUCACAUCUUAUAAUUACUAAAGUUAUAUUUUUGCAGGCAUCCGGAGAUAGUUCAGCGCCAAAGAAACAAAUGGGCCUUAACUUUUCACAGUCUUGCUUCACAUUUUAAAAUGCCCAAAGAUGGAGACAAAAAGGCUUUGGGUGAGGUGUUUUCCCUUUAAACCAUAAAUACUUUUAGAUAAUGAAAUGAAGGAAUAUAAAUUGUAAAAUGUAGUAUCUUAAUUAAAUUUUUGUCUUAAAUGAUGCUAACAAUUCUACCAGCAGCUCUUUAAAACUUGCUUGCGGAUUUAUAUUUAUAGUUUCAGUCAGCUUUCUAAUUGAUACAAGUGUCAUAAUCAAAUUGAUACAAGUGUCAUAAUCAAAUUGAUACAAGUGUCAUAAUCAAAUAUCAAGCAUUGUAAGAAACUAGUUAGCGUAAUAAUCAAAUAUCAAUCAAUUCAAGAUACUUGUAUCACAAUCAAAUUAUAUCAAUAAUUUUAUGAUCCUGCUGUCACAAUCAAAUUCCAAUCAUUAUAAGUUCCCUCCAUUUAUAAUGUAAUUAAAUAUUUACUAAUUUUGUUUCCAUCUUCAGAAUUGGAAAUGGCGUUGAUGAGCCAGCAACCAACAGACAGACAUAGAACACGUAGACUCUCCAGUCGCUCCCCAAGGAAACGAACUCUAAGUGGUCGUUCUCAAUCCGACCUAAGUGACAUGGAGCUUGACAGCAUGGGAGAUAAAGGGCAUCACCAUGAAAAAUUUCAUCCUGAAAAACAUAAAAUAGUUGAAAGCCCAGCUUGCCGGAACAUCUUAGACACUCCGGCAGUCAAUGGCAGCACACAUUCCUCAACCAUUCUACAGAAUGGAUUUAAUCCAAGCCUUUGUGAUAAAGCAGUAAUCAAUGACAGUGAUGGUAAUGUUAAAAUUAUGGCGGAGCUAGAAAAGUUUGUGAAGGAAGCCUUGUCUGAGAGCACCACGUUGUGCAUGUCAGAUCUGCGCAUCAAGAUGUCCAUGUACACGGCCCGGGUUCCCUCGGCUCACGUUUUCAAUUUGGGAGUUUCCGAUAAGAUGAUAGAGGAUGCAGUUGUAGCUGUUGGAGGGUUUAGGCUUGAGAACCAGGUAUGGCAAAUGUUACGAAAUGGAUAAUGAUUUUUGUAUUAAGUAAAUUUACCUCAUCCGAUUGGAAAGCUGUUCAUGUAGUUUAUUUUAAAAUGUGCAAAAGUGUUCGUGUUAAGUCUUGGCCUAAAAUUAUUUCACAAGCUACAAAUACAAACCUCCAAUAAGGACAUUCAUUAUUUGGUUUACUAUUCUCAUAAAGAACUGGAUCAAUUUCUCCUAUCAGAAAAUAUGGGGGGGGGGGGGGUAAAGGUCUUUGUUCUUUCAAAAUAUAACGUUGAAUGUCGCCAAAUAUUAUAGUGCUUCUAAUUCUCAAUGUCACCAAACAGUAGAGUUCUUCUAAUUCUCAAUGUCACCAAACGGUAUAGUGCUGCUAAUUCUCAAUGUCACCAAACGGUAUAGUGCUGCUAUUUCUCAAUGUCACCAAACGGUAUAGUGCUGCUAAUUCUCAAUGUCACCAAACGGUAUAGUGCUGCUAAUUCUCAAUGUCACCAAACGGUAUAGUGCUGGUAUUUCUCAAUUAAUGUCACUUGCUUGUUUUGCUCCCCUAGGUUUUUUUGUUUUUGUUCAUCCAGCUUAUUAUGUAUCGUACUAUGAGUAUGUAAAUCUGGUCAGUAAAAGGAAUGUUAAUCCUUUGUAUUUAUUUGCAGUGGCCACCAAAUAGGAAGCCUGAGGCAAUGUUUUCAUCCUUAACAGGAAAUGCUACGACAGAUAAGGUCAGUAGCCCGGAUUAGUGAAGCCAUUUAAAAUAAGUGUCUUGUUCAAUGCUCCUGCCUAACCACAGAAUGGUUAAUAUUUUUUUUACUUCGAUUAAUAUAAGACACCUUUUCACAUUUACUUAGAUGACUAUAAGACUUGUGCACAUUUGCAUUUCAAAUUUAAUUGCCUUUGCUUUUUAAAAAUUGUGUGUCACCAUUGUAGUGGGUUUCAUUUGAAACAUAUCAUUUAAAGUCUUAACAGCUAGUUAAAACCAUCUUUAACAACGCCUGUGGUGAUUUGUGGUAAGGCCUUUAUUUUCUUAGCUGAAGUGCAACAGGAAAAAAAAGUGUGGGGGGGGGAAUCUAUCUUUGUUGUUGUUGAUGUUUUUUUUUAAAUCUAAAGAAUGAAUUUAGUUAGUAAUUGUUAUUUGAGGUAACAGUAAUUUAUCUACCUAUGGUUGCAAUAUUUAUGUGAUUGGUUAUUGCUUAUUUCUGAAUACUCGAUAUUAUGUAUUUUCUAUUUCUUUAUCAACAGUUGAGAACAGUCCUGUUUAGUCUUUUUGAAGAGUCUCCGAAAAUUCGCAGUAUGCUGUUUCGCACUAGGGCCAAAGAUGCUGGCCUUGAUCUUAGUGAAAAUGAAGUACGAAAAUUUCUUAAAGUAGGUAUAUCUGUGUGCUCACUUGAAAAAUAAUUUUGUAAGACCAUAUGCUAAUUUACUGAGUUAAAUAAAUGGAAUAAGUUUAAAAAACACAGUGCCAUUAGUUGAACAGAUUUUAUUUUUAUUUGACAACUCAGAGAUAAGUCAAAACUAUCAAAGUCAGAUUAUCAGUCGUAUUCUUUUACAUUGCAAUAUGCUGAAGAUCUACAAUCUCAUUAACAAAAUUUAAAAAGUAUAUAUAUGUGGUUCUCUUCUGAAUGUGUCACCAACUGCGCUAACUAGAAGAAAUCUUAUUUUAGAUAUUACCAAACUGUACAAAGAAGUCUGACUAAACGUGUACACUUGUCUGUUCUCUUGCAGGAGCACUGUGACAGUGUUUCAGCACUCUGGUACCUCAAGAGGACUCUGCCAUCUAACUCUUGAUAUUUGCUUGUCACAAUUAGCGUCUUGAUGAAAUACUUUGGCCAACAGAAAUCUGGCCCCCCCCCCCGCAUUGUUGAUGUGCCACUUUGUUUUAGGGAAUGGACUGAUCCAAACACCAUGUUCAAGUCAUUCUGAUGUGUACAACUGAUGUGUACAACUUUCAAAUGUUAACUGACUUUUAGAUCAAAAAAUAUUUUUUGAUCAAAUGUUAACUGACUUUUAGAUGAAAAAUAAUUUAGUGUAAAGUAUGAGAUCAAAGAACCAGUGAUUGGGCAAAAUGUUUGGAUAGGGUUUUGUCAUGAAAUGCUGGUCAUGAAAAUGUUGUGAAAUGAAUCGCUUCAGUGGGUGUUGCAUCAGCUUAACUAUCCGGUUCUUUAUGUUCACACAAUUCAACCCAGGGUGUGCAAGGUUAUGAAGAAUUAUUGCUAUGAAUACUAAUGCCUUUACGCUCUCUCAUGUGUGGGGGCUUUUAAAAUACUUUUUGUAAAGUAUUUAAGUCCAUUCUGUUAUAAUAAUUUCAAAUAUGGUUACUAGAUUUCUGUUAAACUUUCUUGGGAGGGCGUGUGGGUGGUGUGUGCUUGUUGUGGUAAGGGGUGUGUGAAAUUAGAACCUUCUAUUUCCAAUAAGGCCAUGCUAAUAAGAGAUUUUGUUAAAUGACCUUAUUGUUAUUGCAUAAACUUCAGAUGAAAACAAUGCACAGUAGCAUCCUGAGACAAGAGUUAAUAUAGUGUAGCAACAAGGAAUCAGGUAAUGUAAAUCAAUUAAAAAUUUAUGUGACCACAUAACCAGCGCAGCAGAUGUUUUUAUUUACUGACACAGGACUGUUGCUGGUCCUCUGCUAACUUAUAGUGUUCCCUAUAAAUGUAAAGGAACAUUGAAAGGAAGUGUGUCUCUGAUCCAGUC